AUGCGUCCGCACGAGAUGAACCAGUUCCUGAUCUACUGUAUCCUGUUCCUCUUCGUGAUGCUCAUCCUCUCGAUUGUUCUUCUGUUCGUCUCGAGACCCAUUUACAAGUUUAAAGCCAAAUAUUUCCCCGGCGAGCAGGAUUAUGAAAUUUACUUCGAAACAACAAUCAACAUCAUCUUCUGCUCAUCGUCAUCGACUGAGGCAAAAAUGGACAAAACGAGAAGCUCCGAUGCCGUUUCAGCCAGAGUAAUAGUAUCCGUCGCAUGCCUCUUUGAGACCCGUUUCUUCAUCCUCUACGCUCGUGAGACCUUCUGGAAGCAUCUUCGACGUCCAUGGCUUCUAUUCAACUACACUAUAGCGUUGACCUAUAUGCUGCCAACAUAUCUAGCAGUUCCAGAUCAAAUUUCUGGAAAAAUCUAUCAAUUUGGGAGAUAUCCAUGUCUUCCAAAAGAGGUUUACGAUGAAAAAGUGUUUCUUUUGAGUACAUGGAGCACUGGGGUGGCUUAUAAUUCAUGUCUAAAUACAGCUACACAACAGGCACUUAUAAUUGUUGGACUGAUUUUUUGGAAUAUGAGAAAAUCGACGAAUGGAGUGAAAAUCUCAAAAAAAACACUGGAAAUGCAUCGUCUAUUUUUAAGAGCAUUGAUUUUGCAGGUCACCAUCCCCUUGGUUACUGUACUUUCCCCACUUAUCAUUAACAUUUUUAUCAUCUACAACUCUUAUUACAAUCAAGGAGCCAAUAAUAUCUCGAUUUGUAUCAUGGCCACACAUGGUUUGGUGUCUACUAUGGCCAUGAUCUACCUUCAUAAAUCGUAUUGGGCGGUUUUAAUGCAGAUUUUGAGUCCGAAAUGGUCGAAUUCGAGGGUUUUCACACUUGUACACUCGAGACCGCAGGAUUUUGUGUCUUAA